UUCAGAGUAUGAUUUACUUUUGCUAUGAUUUAGUUCCCUUAUUCUCUCACUCAGCGUUUAUGAUUGAUUACUGAUUGACAACAUUCCCAAGGUAAGUAAUUUUCCUGGGCAAGAAAUCAAGUUAAUUAAUUUAAAAUCCCUUUUGCCGGGCAACACCAAUAUCACAGCCUCCUUUUUAAGGCAAGCAGCAACCCCUCCCCUCCCUCGUCCCUGAACACUGCAGCUCUUCCAAUGGUGUUCUGGGGCGUGGAGCUGAGGCCAGGGACGCCCUACACCCACCACUGCCAGCCCUCCCAUGGCCGUCUCCGCAUUUCCAAGGCUGCACUGGUCAGCUACGACGCUGCUACAAGGACCCUGGUUCAAUGUACUGUUGGUAACAGGAUGCCGCUGAUACUUUGUAUCUUGAAUCCUAUGUUGGCUGAGAUGAGCCAUCUAGAGGUCGAGUUUGACGAGGAUGUCGAUGUUCUGUUCUCAGUACUUGGUCCAAAUUCUGUGCAUCUCUCUGGAUAUUACCUCCAGAGCAGCACUAGCAAUAUCAAUAUUGCACUAGACCAAAAAACAUCAGAAUCUUAUGAAGAAGAUAUUGAAGCGUCUGAUAGCGAGUAUAUUUCCGAGAGUGAGGAGGAAAGUUAUGAAUCUGACUUCAUUGAUGACGGUGACCUUGAAGUAGUUGACAAAAAAUAUGAUUUAGAUUCUGAUGAUCAUGAUGUCUGCUCCUUCCCUGGUCACCGCCAACAAGCAUUUGAACUGCAGCGACAUUCAGAGAAGAAGAAGCACCCAGCUGACAACUCCGCUAGCAGCAACAGCAGUGAAGAUGAAUUUUUUUCGAGCAGGAGUGAAAUCAUGCAAGAGUUGCGUAUGUCGGCUUUGUUGAAUAAGAUUUAUGGUAAUGUUUCUCAAGAAAUUAAACCCAAAAAUAUCAUGUCAAAUGACGAGACCAAGAAACAGAGUAAUGAUGCCAGAAAAAGAAAAUGUGAAGCCAUCAAUCACGAUCCUUCAGAUCCAACUAGCAGAGGUGAAUGGAUCAGCGAUUCCAGAAUGUGAAGUUGAAAAACACAAGAAAUCCAAGAAAAGUCUAUGAAGUUGAGUUGUGCAGAAGGAUUCUAAAGCGGACCAUAAUAAAUAGGCACAGACUAUGAAGUAGGUAUUCGAUUAGCAUGUCGAUUUGCAAUAAUAUAAUUUUGUUCUCGUGUUUUAUACAAGUCCUUGUGUAUUAGAUGUGAGGUUGACAAGUGUGGCAUCCAUCCUACCCCUGGGUGUAGUUACCCCCUAGCUAGUUGGUCUCCACGUGACCCCAACCUUCAUCCACGCUGGUUUUGCAUAUUGCUUUCCCGAUCAGCACUAACGGGCAAAUGGAUGCCAACAUACCUCCUCCGUUUGAGACUACUUCAUUAUUUUUUUUGGUAAUUAUCUCAAGGAGGUUGUUAGGG